AUGCCGAUCUCUCCGUCGCACGUCGCCGUCGCCGUCGCUUCUCCGUGCAGAACUGCGUUGCUGCGCUUUUCUACAAUCGACUUAAAACUUGAGAUUUUAAAACCAAUCAUGAAGUUGCGACUGAGAUCCUUUGAAACCAAAGAAACCCUUAAACUUGAAGUCCCUAAUCCCUGCACUCUCCACCAUCUUACACAACUCCUAUCUCAAAAACUCCCUUCUUCUUCUUCUUCACGUUCUUCUGCUAUAUAUUUCUCUCUCAACCAAAAAGACAACCUUACAACUUCUUCCCCUGAAGAUUCUAUUCAGUCAACCGGAAUCACAUCUGGUGAUCUCAUCUACUUCACGACAAACCCUAAUGGAUUUUCCAUUUCCCCUCUUGUCUCUCCACCACCACCACCACCCAAAUCAGAACAAUCUCAACAUUCCCAAACUCCAAAUCCAGACAAAACCCUUAACCCCACUCCAGAAGAGACCGAAGACUCUAUGGAAAUAGACGAUGAUGGGAAUUCCGUUUCCGAACCCGGAAAGUCCUUUUCCGUUCCGGGUUUUCUAAGGAAAGUUUUCACCGAGGAACUCAGCGACGACAAAGGUCUCAAUCACAAGCUUUUAGCAAUAGCGGUUCGCGCCGUGUUACUGGAAUCCGGGUUUCUAGAGAUCGAUCCCGUUUCAAAGACAUUAAAAGGUGGUAAUAACUUUGACAUUCAACGGAAUUGGCAUCUCGCUUCAUUCCACUUCACUCUUCCCGACCUCAUCACCACCGGAAACAUCGAAUCCGUCAAGAUCAGAUUCCAGAGCCUCGGAAAGUACUGCAAAGUUUACGGGUCUUUAGCAAACGGAAUCGUGCAUUCCGUCCUCUUGGACGAAGACAAACUGGUCCCGUUUCUGAACGUGGUAUGGGCUAACUGCGGAAAAGUAGUGGAAACCAUGGGAGACAACAACCACGUAUCAACUGUGGAACCAGAACGAGAAGUUUUUGAGUUUUGGAGGAAAACAAAAGACGGGAUCGCGAUUCCGCUUUUAAUCGAUUUAUGUGAGAAAACCGGUUUGGAACUCCCGCCUUGCUUCAUUCAACUUCCAAGUGAACUGAAACUGAAGAUUUUGGAUUCCGUUUCCGGUGUUGAUGUUGCAAAUAUGAGCUGUGUAUGUUCGGAAUUGCGAUACCUGGCAUCGAGCGAUGAGCUCUGGAAACAAAAGUAUGUUGCUGAAUUUGGGGGUUGUCAAGGGUCGGGGAGUUUUAAAGAGAGAUUUGCAAAGGCUAUGGAAAGUUGGAAAAGGAUGAGGAGGGCUAGUGAGAGUAGGAGUGGAAGAUCGGGUGUGAAUUUGAUGAGGAUAAGGAAUCCUUAUGGUCGAUUUGGUCCUCCUGGUUAUUUUCCACCAAUAAGAGGCGGAGAUCAUGACAUAUGGAUGAAUAUGAAUGUUGGUAAUGGUGUUCCCAGACUCAGGAAUAUGAAUGUCAUUCCGAAUUGUAAUUUGGAGUUAUAGUUUCAGCUUCAGUCAGCUGUUUAUGGAGUGAUUCCGCGAAGGAAAUGUUAUGUUUGCUGUGUUAAUUGAUAAGUAUUUUGUAAUUACUAAACGGAAUUUUAAGUUAAGUUCCAAUGAUCGUAUUUUAUCAUCUUUCAAAGUCUCAAUAAUAAAAAUUUGGGAGUUGUUUGAACGGGUAAGACUGUUUUUUUAUCGAGGCUUUGAGCCAAUCGAUUAUGGAGAAGCAAGACAGGAAAAAGUCAAAUAUAACAAUACUC